AUGUGCCAAGCGGCACCUGGUCAUGCUACUUCCCUGGAGACAUCUGUGAAGGCCAUCAACAUGAUCCUACAGAGGAAGGUUAGAAAGUUCUGUUUAACAAGCCCUCGAGCUCCUGGCCAUAUUUUGAUUUGAUUAAAGUAAUCACCCAAAACAGGGCUCAAAAAUAAUGGUCAGUCAAGCAACAAUGUCUGACCAAGAUGACCAUUUGUCACUUUACUGGCCAUGUAAAUAAGUGCCAAAAGAAAAACACAUUUCACACCAUUAAGUUUUAAGAGGACAAGCUUUUUUUUCACUGUAUGUUUUUGCUUGUUAGGAUUGCAUUAACUUUUUGACCAGUCCGGAGAGAGAUGUGACCGAGCUCAAAUUUCUUUGGUGCGUUGACACGACCAACAACAGUCCCAAAUUCAUUUUGAGCCUUAAAAAAUGUUAUUAGUGGUUAUGUUCAUCACUCUUCUGAUUCAGGUUUUUGGGUUUAAAAUAUUUUUGUAAAAGGUUGAGAGGCUUGGGCUUAAAUGUUUACUUAAAUAGGAUCAUUACAUUUGUAAUUUUCUAAUUCAAUUUUUAACCAGGUUAUUUUUAUUAUGAUUUAUGAUAUUGAGACUGCCCUUACAAAUUUAAUUGUGCACUGUUUUUCUUUAGAUGUUUGCAAACACAAAGGAUGAAUUUGCUCUAGUCCUCUUUGGUACUGAAGGUAUGCAGCAUAAUAAUCAUACAACUUUUAUAGUUUCUCACCCAUUAAGAGUCGAAUUUUUUAGCCAGAGUUUUUACUCCUCCUUCACAGUUUCAUAAUUUACUUCAUUUCUCUCCUGUCCUCCCAUUCCCUACCAUUUAACAGGCUACCCUCCCCCACGCCUUGUGAGGUUCUAAUAAGUGGUUAUGUGGAAGUGCCUGUAAGUUUAAAAAACAUGCCUGUGAAACUCUUUCCAAAAAUAAACCCAAACAUUUUUUAAGAGCAUAUUAAACUCUCCUUGAUAGUAAACCCUAGAAAUUGCAAAUAUGUCCUUUCAAAAAUCAGAUAUAUGCUGUUUGGGAUUUGUCAGCUUCUCUCAUUCUUUAUUUUGUUAGGAACAUCAAAUAGCUUAAAUGACAAGAUGAAAGCUGGCUAUGAGAAUAUCACUGUUGCUCGCCAUCUUGGCUUACCAGACUUGGAAAUGCUUCAGUUUAUUCACAGUCAGAUCACACCAGGUAGGCUGCUCAGCUGAGGCCAGUCAAUAAAUAAAAUCAGUGAUCUGAAAGUAUGUGUAAAAGCAAUUUUACUGUCACACCAGUAAAAUCUGGUUAAUGGAAUGUGAAGCUACAAUGAAGGACAAAAGUGUUGAGACACUUCCGUAAAAUGGCCCCUUUUUGCAUCGUGAACAUACCUAUUCCCUUCCCCUGUCUACCCCAACCCCCUCCCCCCAAAAUCAAUGUUGUAUGUUGGACCUUUAAGUCUUUCUUUUACUUCAGACAACGUUCAUUCGGGGGGUGAGGGGGUUUACGGCGUUUAAAAGGAAUGAAAUAAUAAAUGAAUUAAAUGUUUGAUAAAAGCACCCAUUUUGAACAAGUGUGUCAACUACUUUUGUCCCUGAUUGUAGUCAUCGGUAACACUUUUAUGGUGGUCUUUUUGUCUUUUUGUAUAUUGUGUAGUCAAGUUGCCAAGGUCAGCAAGCUCUAACAUACAUUGUAUUCUAGCUUAGAACUUUAGACAGCCUUGUUGUCUUUAACAGGCUAGUACAAUCCACAGCAUUGGCCAAUUUUUUCAACGCACUAUUCAUGGCUAAGAGUUUGCACGUGCAACGCUGAGCUGUCUUGUAGUACAGCCUUUUCUGUCUUGGUCCAUAAAUACACAAAAAGAAGCUGUCUCGAUCUCACACUUGGUCAGUAAUGCAAAUAAAUUAUGUUGUUAAUAUGUAUUAAUAAGUAUUAAUAUUAUUUAAUUACAGGCAAUGUUGAAACAGACUGUAUCCUUUGACUAUAAGACUAUAAGACUAUAGGAGUGUUAACAGAAACCUAACAAAAAUGUGCCUGUUUUGGAGAAAACCAGGAAAAAAAGUGGCCCAGUCUCACAUUUAUACUCAGUUAAUUGUGUAUUUGGCAAUAAGAAAUGGGGUGUAGAGUGAAGCCACAAGUGACAAAAUAAUAAUAUUCUCUUAUAUGCUUGCAAAUCAAAGGCAGAAUUUAAAUUUGACAUAAAAUCUGGUGGCACUGGGAUUCUUCUGUGCACCUGUUCUUAUCCACUUGGUAUUAAAACAUGAUUCUGACUUUUGAGAAUGUAAAGAAAGUUGUGUCUGAUAGCCUGGGACUAGUGGAUUUUGGGAUUGGGCAAGUGAAUUCUGUUCUUAUAACUUGCCUGAUGGGCAAGUGACAUUUUUUGGGGGGAAUUCAUUACAGAAGUACAGAAAGACAAAUGGUUGAAAUUUCUAAUAAAUUCAUGUGGAUCGAAACCUGUUUUCUAAGCUGAUUUAACAUUAAAUUUAUAAAUUAUGCUAAAAAUUAAAUAAUUUAAGGUGCAAUAAUAAAUGGCGAGUAAUUAUUUAUCUUGCUCAUCAAAAUUUUUCAGGCCUGUUAAAAUGACUCUUGUGCUAGUACAUACUUUGCUCCCUCUCCGUUCCUUAACUGAUCUUAAGUUAUUGAUGCUAUUGUUGUUGGCAUGGACUUGUUACGUGAAGAGGCAAAGUGAGACAACUUAACUAUAUCUGUUACAUUCAAACUAAUACAGUCAACUCUCGCCUUGUGGACAUCCCACUGUAAUGGACACCCCGAUAAUAUGGAUGGCUGCUAAAUCCCAGACAAAAAUGAAUGGAAGAUGUUUGACUUAAAUAAACUCUCACUAUUAGGACACUAGCUUUACAGCGGUUCCUACAGUGUUGGCUAUGAAGAGAGUUGACUGGAGUUUCCCUAAUUUUAUUCUCAGAGUUUGGUAAAGUAAUUUCAUUUUUUCAAACAGAAUUUUAGUCAUGUGUAAUAAUAAUAUUAUUUUAUAUUAUUUUGACAAUGGACUUGAGUAAGUUAUAAUACCAUCUCUAUCUAUUAGAUUAUUUUUUAUCUCCCACCCAACUAUCCACCCAUUUAUAUAUUUUAAUAUCUAUUUGAAUUAAUUGAUUUAUUUCAGUGUCAAGUAUGAUAAAAAGAUUUAUUUAUUUUCUGAUCUGGGAUCUCCCUUUGGUAAUGACCAGCUGGAGACAAUCACUAACGGUUUAAAGAGCCUGGAGAUUCACCUUACAUUAAUGUGAGUAGUUUACCUCAAUCUGGUAAUAAUAAAAAAAUAAUAUUAUAAGUAUGAGAAAUUUUAUGCAUACAGUGUAACUGGUUUGUUGAAUAAAUCUGGCUGUGUACAUACAGGGUUGUCAAAAGUAGCCGGCUGCUGGCGAAAAUUGCCGGCUACUUGGUUAGUAUCGGCAGGCUACUCUGCUUAGCAUUUCUUUACAGAUGGUGUUUUUUAAACUGGCUGUUUACUUUGACGACUCAGCCAUCUACUUCAAAAUUCUCUGACAACCCUGGUACAUACAACAGUCUAUAUUGAAAAAUUCUAGGAAACAUAAUUUUAUGAUGCAUGUUAUAAUGCAUGGAUUGUUUUGGUAUCAUAAUAUGGCAAUGUGCUCUUUCCAUAUUAAACAGUGGACCAGAUCUUUAUGAUGACAGUACGUCAGACACUGCUGGUGGAAGUGAGGGUGAUGAUAGUGGUCCUACAACUUCUGGUGGACUUCUCAGAAAGGAGAAGACACCACAACAGGUUAUCGUGUUUUCUAAUUAAUUUGAAGAAAAAAAUGAUAUUUCUGAACCUGAAAGGGAAUGGACAUUAAAACUGUAUGAAUGCAUAUUAAGAUCCUUUCAUUGAUUGCUGGUUGUUCCUUAUUCAAAUGAUUUGUGCUAUGCUCUGAACAGAUUCUUAUGAGUGUUAUAGUGUCCAUUUUGCCAUUCAUGGUUAUAUGGCAUUCUUGUUAUUCCCAUUAUCGACAAUAUCUGCUGUAAACGUAAUAAUCGUCACCACCCAAAAGAGAGGUGGUUGAUUAGACCAGGUGUACAAAGUCAUGUAGUGGUAAAUACGCGCUUUCUGGCCAUAAAUCCACAUAAGUAUUAUUUUUAUAUCCAGUAAAGAUUCAAAUGUGAUUACUUUUAAAGACAAAAUUGUUUAUUUUUGUAGGUAGCAGGAGAGAACUGUAUGAGGCAGUUGUUAGAGACCUUAGAUGGAGAGACUUAUUCCCUCAGGUGAUUAUUUGUAACCAAGGUGAUUAAUGUUGUAUGAAAUAACGUGCACAAAAGCCAAUUCUCAACAUUAGUAUGACAAUACCUGUGAAGAAGAGCAGACAGCUAGCACAACAAUAUGUAGGUGACAUAUGAACAUACUGUUGACAAGUCAGACUAAGUUUAUAUAUACAGUGUGCAUGAAUGUUUUGCUUCGAUUUUAUCUUUGGUUUAACAUUUAUUUUCCUUUGUUUCAAGCUCAUUAUUAUACAAAUUACUGAAAAAGUAAAAUUAAACCACGGAUAAAACUGAACCACAACACACAUCUUGCUUUCCAAUUUACCAGUUCAUAUUGAUUUUGUUGGGGGGACAUGGUGCAUAUGACCUGUGCUGUGACUAAAUUUUGCUCCAGUCCACUUCAGCAAUCAUUGGUUGCCAGUAUGUCAGACAUGGGAAGCUGUCACUUCAUAAUUUGCUCCCAGAAUACUAGCAGCAGAAAUGGUACCUAAAAAGUAAGAGUGUGCGCCCAAUGGGGAUGGGGAGGGUGGGAAAAUAUUCAAUUUGGACUUCACCCUUUGGACACAAACAGUACUGGAAAGCAGGAAUCAUCAUCAAUAACAAACUACUAGUCCACGUACUGCUCAUUAUUAUAUUGCAGGAUACAUUUUUUUUCACUUUUUAGUCAUGUCCUUCCAAUGCUGAGUUUUUUCCAGACCAGAUCAGUCAAACAAACCACAGUAUUCAGAGGACCACUGGAGAUUGGUUCCCAGUUAAAAAUAAAUGUCUAUGGUUAUAUCAGGGUAUGUUGCAGUCUUUUAAGAUUGCUUAAAAUACUGUAUGCUGUACUUUAUGAAUUUAAUACAUUUUUAAUGCCAAUGACAAGUAACUGGACCUGACAAUGCUUACUAUAAAUUAUUAGCAAAACUCUCGAAGAAUGUUGAAAGACUAGAGGAAAUGGAAAUUAGCAACAACAAUAUUGUUAUGUUAUUGCAACACAAGAGGACAUUACAAGAAGGAAAAUAUGAUUUUUAGUGAAGUGGAGUGAAAGGGAGUAUUUUGUGAUAAAGUGGAACCUUUAGAACAAAGGAUAUAAAGGGAAAAAAACUCUUCCAUAGUGAGAUAGAACCUCCUAUUCCAUCACCACUGAGGGAAAGGAAAUAAAGUUUUGGCACAUGGUACGUAUGCCCCCUGGCAACACCCAACUGUGUGGGGUAAUUUAUAACAUGGUUACUUGUGUCAAAUACAUCAUUCCAUAGAGAUAUCAAAGGGAGUGGUCUUCAACAGAGAUUUACAGAGCUAUGUCUCAGUGUAAUGAAAAUGGUUAUCUAACAGUGCUUUUUUUUACUAAGGUAAAGGAAGAAAAACUAGCAACAUGGAAAAAGCUCUCAGCCGUAUCUCAAAUGUCUGCAAACCCUGAGACCAUGGAGGUACAGAUGCAGAGGUCAUAUCAUUUGAAUGAUGAGGAUGACACAGAGGUGGACAAGGAAAAUGUUGCACAAGGUAGACACUUAAUGUACAUGAUUGUAUUCAGUACUUAAGUAGGUCAUCAGUCACUCAAUCAGUCAGUUAAUUAUUCAGUCAGUCUGUUGGCCUGGGCUGUGUUGCUCAAAGCAUGGUUAGCGUUAACCAUUGGUUAAGCAGUAUCAAAACCAAUACGUUGUCAUGGUAUUAAAUGCUGGUUAACGCUAACCAUACUUCAAGCAACUGGGCCCUGUUCGUUACGCGACAGUCAGUUUAGACAGGCUGUCAGUAAUGCAGCCAGACAGUCAUUAACCAUGUCUGUCAGUUACUCUGUUGUGCAGUCAGUAACUUAGUUGGACAGUCGGUCACUCAGUCAGUAACUAGGUCAGUCAGUUAGCUGGGCAGUCAGUAACAGGGUCAGUUGUAGUUGGUCAGACGGUAACAGUGUUUGAAAAAUUAAUAAUAUGCACUAGAUGAUGAUGCACUAAUGUUCAAGGCCUUCUCUAGGUUAUCGCUACGGUAAAACACUGGUUCCAUUAACAAGGAUUGACAAGGACAGUAUGAAACUUCCCACAGAACGAUGUCUGUCAGUGCUUUGUUUUACUUCAAAUGAAAAUGUAAGCGAUAAAAUCAUGAUUAUGACCUAGCAGAAAGUUCUUUAGUAACUAACAUUUUGAUCCCCCCUCCCCCCAUUGUUGUUGUUAUUUUCUUCAAGACAAUGUCAAUUAAACAAUCAAUUCUUUUUUCAUUAGAGCCGGUUUUUGUGAUAUCUGGAAUGGUCAAGGUCAUAGAUAAGUUGGCCUGAAUGACACUAGCCUGCGAGCAAGCUCUCCUAUUUGGGCAAGCGAUACGAGCCUCGCGAGAACGCGCGAGAGAGGGGCCGAGGAAAGGAGAGCUUGCAACGAUCUCUUAUAAAUUUUCAUUUCCACCCCGGAAACCCCGGGACUCCGUAAAGCGUGAAAACUGUCACCGCAAACGUGCCGCAGAUUAGAAAACUGACAACCACCUGUCAAGUAAAUUUAGACAGCCGAGGGCCCGUAGAAUUAUUUAUUUAUAAAUCGCUUUCGCAACAGCAUCAAGGCAAUGUUUUUAAUCACUGAUAUGUUCUUUUUUUUCACGGGGACAUCGAACUUCAACGUGUCCGCUCGGAUAAGAACUCACUUCUUUGAUUCUCGUUUCGUUUACUUUUGAAAAGUCGUCCAUACUGCAGUGUAGAAGACUACUCCCCAUCGCAAUCACCAACAAAAACAUCAUAUAUUUGUCCGUCUGGACUUGCUUCUCUUAAGGUUUACUUCAGUUGCUUCCACCUCUUUCUCUUUUCCUUCUUUACGGUCAAGCUCCACAGCUACACUGUCAAGUACAUGUUUCUGAAUUUUUGUACCCAGCAGAAUUCAAUCGGGCGAAGAAACCGAUGUUGGAAGACAGCGCUUUAAUCACUCUUCACUUUCACUCUCCCGGUUUUCAGAACUAAACAAGGCGCUUGACACAAAUGAAUACAACUGAUGAAAGGUUUUCAUUGUCCUUCCACAAGAACUACAAACUCGGUCCGGCUUAUCCUCUUUGCGAGAAUUACAUCAAACGAGCCCGUCUGCAUUGAGGGCUGAAACAAGUUCGCGGUACCAAUCUGAUCCCCAUGAGAACCAAAUUUUACACACAGACGAAGCAGGUGCCAGCUUGGCCUGUUAACAAUCAACUUUGAUUUCCGGAAUGUCAUUUUUCAGCCAAUGGUAUUUCCCUUCGUUUGGGCGAAGUACAAAUGAAAAUUUGUAAGGGAUGGUUGCAAGCUCUCCUUUCCUCUGCCCCUCGCGGCUUCGCCGCUCGCUCGCGCGUUCUCGCGAGACCUGUUUCACUCACCCAAACAGGAGAGCUUGCUCGCAGGCUAGAAUGACACUUACCUCAACCUUGAUUGUUCCGAUAUCACAAUAACCUCAUCCACAGCACUUGUUAAAUUUUCAUGCCUCAAGUGUGGUGCUUAUUUGCGGGCAGUGCUUGUUAACUUUUUUGUCCCAAAUAUGGUGCUUUUUCAAGGGUGGCACUUAAUCAGGGGCGGUGCUUAUUCAAGUAAAUACUGUAGUUAUCAUUUAUCAAAACAUAGUUAAGCCCAGUAUCUGUGGUUAUAGACAAUAGUAAACAUGCAUAGUCAUAAUUAUUAAUUUGUACCACAGGUACAGAGAUACCAAUACUCAGGAGAGAAUGUUGUAGCCUUCGUUCCACAGCCUGGUGACCAGGUAUUGUUGUGUUUAUAUACCAGUAAUGGACAAUGAGCUGAGAUGCCCUCUUGAACGGCACCAUCAGGAGGCAUAGGUUUGCAUGUCACUUGCCUAAAUUAUUUUUAAUGUCUUCUGUCGCUGUUUGAUUUUUACCAAUUCAUUUUCUUUUUUUGUUUCAACUAAAGAAAAACUGAAGAAAAACUUUGUUUCACAAUCAUCCUUGUUUUAGUGGCUACUUUCCGUGCCAUUUUUACUUUUGCAGCUGUUUCUCUCUGUUUUGAUCAUCAGGUGCUUUAUUUUUCUAUAGUUUUCAUUUUUUGGUGGUGUCCAUGAUGAUCAUGCAUAUUCCGGCGAGAGAAAGUCUUUGUAUAUUAGUGCUUUUCCGCCUUAUCUGACUGUUUGAAAGCAUGAAUUGAGUUCAGGUUUUGAAUUACAAACCUUCAUAAGCUUUGGAGACCACCCUCUCUGUUUUCCUUAAUUAAAUUCCAUCAUUGAUGAAUAUAGAUUAAAAAAAUAGUUACUUUAAUUUAAUUAUUUUUAGCAUGCUGCAGUUGCGCUGUCAGCAUUCAUAAAUGGCAUGUAUGAAUUAAACACGGUGGCUAUUGUGCGAUACUGCAGAGCCAAAAAUGCCCCACCCAAGCUUGGCUUCCUGGCUCCUCACAUUAAACAAGACUAUGAGGUAACAAUAAUUAUUAAGAUUAUUGUACUUAAAUUUCAUUUCAAAAGUUAGAAAUGAAUGAAAUAGUGACGUCAGGUCUUAUUAUGCAUAAUCGUAUGUCAGUGAAAUCCCAUUGUUUGCAUUAAGACUUGAAUAAUAAGAUGUUUAUAAACACAUUUUAAAAUAAAUGAAAAAAUAUAUAUAUGCACUUUAUAUGAGCGCCAAUGUAUUUAGCAUGAAAGUAUAAAAUUAAUAUUGGAGACACUAUUCUUUAUGUCUCCAACAAGAGACGGGACCAACAUUUUACUUGGAGCAGGAGCAGUUUGGUGUUUCAGUACUUGCCACACUCUAACUGUUUUAUUUUUUUAUCCACAGUGUCUUCUGUUCACUGCACUGCCAUUUGCAGAGGACCUGCGUCAAUUUUCCUUUGCUCCUCUUGAUGCUAACAAGAAAUGGAAGCCAACUGGUAAUUUAUACAAUCUAUGCUUAAAUUUAAUUGCAAUAAUAUUAAAUUAGAUCCUCAGAGAGUAUUUUUGAUGCAUGGUUUAAAUGAAAGCUACAUUUUUUUUGUAAAAGAAAUAAUAGGCAAUUAUUCUAAAUUGUAUAAUAUUUUCAGAAAUUCAGAUGUUACAUGUACGUAACAACUUGUGUAAUAAUUUAUGGUGUUGUUUAAAUCACUAUGAAAAGUAAAUGGCUUUUCCAAGAAUAAAAUGUGUUCUGCCUCAAACAACUAACUUCAAAAGGUUUUUUUGCAGGAGAACAAGAAGAUGCUAUUGAUAAUCUCAUCACAGUAAUGGAUUUAACAAAUGCACAGUUGUAGGUGACUCUUUAUGGUAUUUGUUGUUUGUCUCUCUUAGUAACGUAAUAAUAUAAAAAAAAAAUUAUUUUUCUUUAUCUGACAGUGGUGAAGACGGACAGACCACAGAGGCAUUAAAAUGCAAAAAUACCUUUAAUCCAGUGCGACAGAGAGUUUUCCAGGUAUGUAGAUAGUACGUUUAAAUUCAAAUUACUUAAUUUUAGUCAUGCAGUCAAAAAUGCUUGAAUUGAAAGUAACAGUGGUAUUCUAAUGGUAUUAUAUUGAAUACUUUCAGUGUAUUCAGCACCGUGCUCUUAAUCCAGAUGACACAUCUUUGCCUGAUUUAGAGCCAGUUAUUGCGAGGUGAGAACGCUUAGGGAGCAGAAAAAAAAAUCAGCAUCAUUCUUAACUACUACUUUUUCUCAUUUCUGAGAAGUAUUAUUCAAAGCAACUUCUUUCUAUAAUCAAAAUAAUAAUUAGUUAAUUAUCAUCAAUUAACAAAUUAUUGCAGUGGAACCCUGGUAAUGCAACCACUGUUGGGCCAUAAUCCAACCUCGACCCAUAAAAUCCCAGUCCUAAUAACGAGGUGGUUGUAUUAGCGGGGUCUUCAAAUAAUAAAAUGACACUGUGAUUUUCACAUUUGGGUCAAGAGAAUAUGGUUGUAAUAACUAGGUGGUCGUAUAAACAGGGUGGUCAUAAGGUGGGUUUCCACUGUAUUUAUUGAUCCUCUAUAAUUCAUCUUUAGAUGUGCUGGAAGUACAAUGAACUUUGAACUUUGAAUUUCUAGUUAUUUAGAGCCCAGUGGAGAAUUCAAAGCAAGAUGUGUCCCACAGUGUACAAAAGUCAAGGUAUUAAAAAGGCUGAUGAAUGAGUGCAAUCCAACACUAGUUACUCAAACCUCAAUUUAGUAAUUUGAAUUCUUGAUUACAGUGAAACCUUGAUAUUAGAGACCUUUAGAUUCAAGGACGAGAACAACUACGAGUACGAGAUUUGACUUCAAGUUUUUUCGCGUAUUCUCAAAAUAUAGACUCCCCGGAAAGCUUCAUUUUACCAUUUUUCACUAGAAAAGUUAGCACUGUUACCUUUAGUGGAGGAGGUUGCACCCUCUCUUGAUUGCAAAAUGAUAAAACUUCUAACAUUUGAUAACUUGUUUCCGCAACUUCGACAUUCUCGCUAAAACUCGUAGUAGAGUGACGACGGCUACCACGUUUUCCCGCCAAAAUGACGCUGGUUCACGCGGGUGCACUACUUAGUAUUGAGAAAAUCUCGUACUCGUAGUCAUACUCGUCUUAGAAUCUAAAGGUCUCUAUUAAACUCAAACUUGAAUAACUCGAAUUCCCUGCUAACUCAAACUAAAUUUCCUUUCCUUUGAUCAAAAUUUCACUGAAACUUACCCCGAUAACUGGAAUUCCCAGCUAAUUCGAACUGUUUCUCAUUUCCCUCCAGAUGUCGAGUUACUGGGAUUCUACUGUAUCUACUGUUGUUUUUCAUGUCUGAAAUUGUUUGGUAUUCCUUCACAGUGUAGUUAAGUUGCUGUAAUUCAGGGUGCAAAGAAAAUCAUUUUUACAGCUUGCCAUUCGGGUAAGCUGAAGCUAACAUUUUACUGGCCCAAACAUCAUUUCAACUAGCCCCAAAAACGUUUUGAUGAGCAGAUUGAUUUCACAGUUCUUCUGUAAUUUGAAUUCCUCAAAAAACUGCACUUGCCUUUCAGGCCAGUUAAUAACAGAAUUCACUGGCCCGAUAGCAAAAUCCACUAGCACCGGGCUAUGGGACACUACUUUCUUUGCUUGCUGCUGUAAUUGAAUAACCAGUAUUUUUAAGUGCACCAAUAUUCUGGAUAGCUGGUUAAUAACUAACUAACUACUAAAAUCAGUUUUAGUGCUUUAGUGAUACUGUAUUAAUGUUUAUUGAUAACAUUUUUUUUCAGGAUAUGUUCCAUCUAGAAAAAGUUGAGAAGAAAAAAGAAACCACAGCUGAAAAUGUCUUCAGAUCCAUGUAAUUGUUCUAUUAAUUUUUCCACUGUUCCAUUGCCUGUUUUGUAGUCAAAUACUUAAAUUAAUGAUUUUAUUCAUUUACUUAACUUCAGUAGAGACGUUGAGCAGAAUGGGGAACCUUCAACAAGCACAACAGAUGACCAUGAUGAAACUGAUUUUAGUAUGGCAAGCUUGGCAAAGGGAGAGGUUACACAGGUAAAGUCGACACUUGGCACUAUGUUGAAUUUUUCCAUCUCCUUUUAUUUAAAACAAAUUGAUAUUUUAUUAUGUAAUUUGCAGUACUGUAGACCUUUCCUACAUUCCUGUAAACAAAAACACCAACUUGAGGUUUAGGGUUUAAUACAAAAAUACAGAUGAGUUUCUACAAAAGACAUCAUUCUUUAUUUAUGACACACAUGAUGCUUUUGACUUUGCUGAUCCCACUGGUACUCAGGAUGCACAUCAUACAUGAACGUUUUAUGUGGCCUACAAUCUUGGACAAAACUGUUGAGAAAAUUGCAUACUUGGGGGGCAUUUUUUCUAAACUUCGUAGCUGACCGAUUCUUCCCUCCCCCCCUCCCCCUGAAAGCAGUGUUGUUGGGUCUUCAAAAGAAAGCCGGAUCUCUAAGCAUUUGUAGGAAGCAACUCUGAACUGGAGGAGGGAGUUUUCUUUACGCAAAGCAGUUGAUUUGGAAAUAGUUUUGUUGCGUUAGGUAGUGCACAUUAAUGAAAACAUUUCUCAAGUAGUUUUUUUCCAGGAUUGUAGCUUGCCGCAAGUCCUUUGUAGCUCAGUGGUUAACGCAUGUGACCGGUGUGUGGAAGGUCAUAGGUUCAAUUCUUGCCAGGGACUCAGAUUUUUUCUUUGUCUUAUGCUCGUGAUGUGAUGAACACAUUUUUUAUUUCUUCUCUGAGCUUAAAAUUUACCAUCAUUCUUUAUUUAUUGCAGACAAGUGAUUUGCAUAAAAUUGUCACCUCAAGCCUUGACCUUAUUUCUUUGAGUAGAGUGUGGCUAAAGGUCAUAGCUGUUGCUUCUGCAUCAUAGGAUGUUUUUAAGUGGUUGUGCAGUGUCGGCUCAUUUGAUUUUUUCAGUAUAUACCACUCAUUUUCAGGUUGGUACAGUUGAUCCCGUUGGAGAUUUUCGAGCCAUUAUUAGUCGAAGGGAUGAGGAUAAGUUUGAUGAAGGUGAGUGUCCUGUGAAAACCGAGGAUGUUUUCAAAACUUUAUAAGCUGCUUGAAUUUUCAUGUUAAACCAUUUUAUUUGUUUUUAUUUGAAACUAACAGCUGCCAAACAGAUGAGAGAACGGAUUGUGCAGUUGGUGCUAGAUUCCUUCGGAGAUCAAUUGUAUGGCAAAGCAUUGGACUGUGUAAAGGCUUUGAGAGUAGAGGCUAUCAAGGUAGAGAUACCACCUGGAUACCCACAUGACUGUCUUUUGAACCAAUGUGAUGGCAUUAUAGUUAAUUUUGUCUUAAUUGUUUCAAUUUUGUCUAAAGUUAGCAGAAACACUUUUGGAGUGCUGUAUAACUCAUGCCUUUGGCUAAAUUUUUAUUGCAGGCUGGUGAAUCGGCCAUGUUAAACAUGUUUCUUCAAGAAUUUAAAGAGAAGAUAAUUAACCAAAGGGGGCAUGAAUUUUGGCUUCUGUUGGUCAAAGGUAGGCACUGCAAUUUGUAGAAGGGUAUGACUAAACAGUGAGUAACAAUUUUAUACAUUUAAUGAGCAAUGAUUUUAUAAUCAAAUAGUGAAAUAUUUUUUAGUUCAUGGUGUAGCAAAUCUAGUUGUCAGCAGUGCGGAUGUUUUUUGAAGUAGCUGUUGGUUGGUACUCUGCAUGUCUGCUUAAAAUGAAAAUGUUAAAAAUCAAGGUGUUGUAAUAAAAGUUAGCGUGCUGAGUGGCUUUGGUGAAAAUUGCAUGAUUUUACACUGUAUACAUUAGGGCCAUUUAUACGAGGAAAAAUAAGACGCGUCUUAAAUAAGACGCGAACUGUACCAUUUAUACGAGCAUGUCUUAUCUAAUAAGACGCAUCUUAGCUAAGCCGCUUCUUAUUUUAGACGAAAUGUGCCAUUUAUACGGAAAGUUCGCGUCUUAUUUUUCCUCGUAUAAAUGGCCCUAUUGUUACUGAAAAAUGGAUACAAUUAUCCUGGUCAGGGCCAGCUGUCACUGAGGGCCGGGGGGAUGGGGAUUUCCCCUCUAGAGGUAUGAGCAUGGCCCCGCCCCGGGCUAUUUUCACAGGAAACCAUAGGAAAUAGAACCAAAAGAUAUUCCUAGCCAUCCAUCUCCCUGUCUACUAAUAAUACAUGUACCUGGAAAGCUGAAAUUGUAGUGACAGGCCUGCCCUGGUGUAUGGUAUUGGUUUUACAUAGAUAAAAAUCUACAAAGGUGUACUGUAUUAAUUUUUAUUUUGGCAGAAAAAGUAACUUUGAUCACUCAAACUGAAGCCGCUGAUAGUAAUGCUACUGAUGAUCAAGCUAAAGAAGUAAGCUUCUUUGUCUUUGAGGAGAAAUAAUAAUACAUGUACUGUCUUCAGUUAUCAUGAAAUACAGUAUCUUAUCUUUUAACUGUUUAAAAAAGAAGAGAAAAAUGUGAAUUUAUGACAAUGUCUUUCUCCUAAAAGGGUGUUAUACUGAGUUUUAGAAUGAUAAAUAAUUCUAAAAUGGUUGUUUUUUUAAUGUUUUAUUUUAGUUUCUAGAAGAUGGGGGAGGUCAGAAAGAAGAAGCCCCAGUUGAUGAUAUGUUGGAGGAUGCUGAUGAUUUAGUAAGUGUUCUUAUUUCAUGUCCAGUUACUCUGCUACACUCAACUCACCCCGGUGGACACCUCCUGUAAGCAGACACGGAGACAAGCUGCUACCCCCUGCCCAACCACACAUGGCAUUUUAAAACUCUCCAUGUUCACUAGAUGCUUUCUCUAGUCCCAAGACUGUCGACUGUACAACUUUGAGGAAAAUGCGACAGAAAAGAUAUGAGAACAGUUCAAUAGCUUAUGAUCAAAGUUAGGAUUUGUAUGGGGUCUUCAGAGCAUAACAGUGCUUAUAUCUCCCCUCCAAACAGGCUGAUUUUAAGCAAGUGGGCAUUUUUUUUAUCAUGUUCUCUCUGAAUAUGCCAACCUAUCCUGUAAUUUUACAAAUUUAGUUUUUGCGACAUUAUCAUUUCUUUUCUCUAUUACAGUUGAAAAUAGUAAUGCCAGCCAGCAGAAAAAUAAAAUAUAAUAACCCUGCAUGCAUUUUCCCAACCCACGGUGAAUUUUCCUCGGAUCCUCCUUCCUGUAUUUCUCAUCUGUUUCAUUUUUUUUUAACUUCAGUUCAUGUUCUCUUUAUUACAGUUGGAAAUGAUGGAAUAGUUCUGCAGGUUCUUAGGCUGUGCUCAGAACAUCUCAUCAGUGGUUACAUAACCAUCAUUGCAACUCAACCUUCCAUUCAACGGCACUGCAAGUUAGUAAACAGAAGAUCAGAGCAGAUUAACUCCUGUUGUUUUGGAACAAUUUCAAGAACAUUAAAUAUGCUGGAUGCCCUGUUGCUUAGCAACCCCUUCUGGUUGUUUGCAUUCACCAACCUGAAUUUUCUGGUAGAAAGGAUACCAGUAUCACGAAAAGAAAAGAAAAAACCAUCAAACGACAUUCACUAUGGUUAAAAAGACUUUGCAUUUGAUAAUAACUAGUUACUAUAGUUUUCAGAAAAUUGACUCAUGGCUACAAAGUAUUUACAUUUGAAAACAAUCAAAUUCACCAACAUGAAAAACUCAGUUAUAUCAAAAGAAAUGUUAAAAUUAAUAAGGAUUGUAUUUAAAUUUUAUUUGUUAGUAAGAAGGUUUCCUGGACAGGUGGCACGUCUUAUCUUUGCUCCUAAAUGGCAGAGAAUAACAAGUUUUUUUUCACACAGAAACAGGAAUUUGAUUAACUGACUGUUACUGUGUAUUUCAUUUGGCCAUACACGAUUAUAGCAGGACUGUCUCAGCUACAUUGCAAUAGUAGACUGUACCCCAGCUUUAAGUUGCUGUCUUUUGAAGCUCCU